AUGCCUGUCGUUACUCGAGCACCCUCUAGACCUUGUCAGAUUAAUCGUCGGCCAUUCUCUUCCUCAUCCAUCUUGCAGAAUGCAUCCUCCUGGGGCAAUGAUUUGGGCGCCAUUAAGCCUAGCCCUGUUCGACGAGAGCCCGACAACGCCACAUCUGCCCAGUCCAACACCUCGUCCAGCUCCAUACCCUUCCUCUCGUCUACUCUUUCCACAUCUCCAGCUCCUUCUGCGUCCAGCUCUCUUCAAACCCCCACGGUGUCCUUUGCCUCCAACCAAACAAGCGUCACGUGGUCUUCCGGCGUCACUUCUCGUUUCCAUCAUCUGUGGCUACGGGACCACUGCAGGUGUGCAACGUGCUACCAUCCCAAGACCAAGCAGAGGUUGCUGGACACCUUUGCCAUUCCUCAAGAUGUGAAGCCAUUGUUCGUCGAAAGCACCAUGGAAGGCUUGCUCGUUACUUGGCCCGGUCUGGAUGGGCCUGUCUCGAGUGGUGCGUCGUCACAGGGAGCCGACACGACUAACGAGCAUGGUGCUUCAGAUGGGAGUGUGCCCAGCACCACGACUGAGACGACAUCCACGGGAAUCGAGCAUCAGUCUCUUUACCCUUGGUCCUGGCUUCGUGCCAACUCCUAUGCUCCUGUGCUGAGCUCCAACAUGUCCUCUUUGGACGGGGCUGGGGAUGUGCAGUCCAACGAUCUUGGCAUGGAGAGGCGGGGCAAGGUGUUGUGGGGAAGGGGAAUAGCAUCUAACCCACCCACUGUUCAGCAUCAAGAGCUGGCUAGCGAGAGAGGUGUAGCAAAGUGGCUUGGCAAGCUGGUGAGUGCUGAAAGGUUGAGGCAACCUACCGGGCUACUAAUGCUCACGCACGCUUGCGAUGCAGGAUGCAUACGGCUUCUGCUUCAUCGCCGGCGUGCCAGUGACCCCCGAAGCCACUCAAGAGUUGAUCGAAAAGAUUGCAUUCAUCCGCCCGACGCACUAUGGCGGCUUUUGGGACUUCACCUCUAAUUUGGCCCACGGAGACACCGCAUACACCUCCAUCGCGCUGGGAGCGCACACCGAUACGACCUACUUUACGGACCCGUGCGGUCUGCAGCUCUUCCACCUACUCGAGCAUUCAGCAAGCGAGGAUGGAACUCCAGCAAAAGGAGGGGAAAGUCUGUUGGUGGAUGGCUUUCUGGCCGCCAAGGUGCUCAGGGAUGUUCACCCCGAAGCUUACAGGAUCUUGAGCGAGACGAGGAUAUCUACCCACUCGGCUGGCGAUGAAGACACGUUCAUUCGACCUAUGCACCCUAGGGGUUAUCCUAUCUUGGAACAUGACGACCGUACGGGCGAGCUGCUUUUGGUGCGACAGAACAAUGAUGAUCGAUCGACACUCAAAUUGAGGGAAGAAGAGGUCAUGCCCUUCUAUGACGCUCUGCGAAAGUGAGUUUGGAGCACAGUAGCUCGGAAGUUUGUCGUCUAUGAGAUGUUCACGUUCCACUGCCUGGCCUCGCUACCUUGCUUGGCAGAUGGAACGAAAUUCUGACCUCGACGGACGGCGAAUACUGGCAACAGCUGGUACCUGGCACAGCGCUUUGUGAGUUGGAAGAAGGAUGCUCAGGAUUGUACCCUGUCGAAUCAUUUCGGCGCAUCACUUUCGAUUCAGAAGAGCUCACGCUGCCCGGCACUCCCGCUUUGCUGGAUAUCAGCCAUAGCCAAUCAGCGCGUGCUGCAUGGCCGGUCAGCUUUCACAGGCAAGCGAAGAAUGUGCGGAGCUUACUUGGCGCAGGACGAUGUGAGAAGCAGGACGGAUGUGCUGCUGAGGAGAUAUCCGGAUGUGGUCCACGACGGACCGCGCGUGCCAUUCGCGCCGUCCGGAGAGGCGCAGGGGGGUAGAUUUGCAAGGGGCGUUUGGGAUGAUGGAUUGUAG